AUGCAGGGGAUCAUGGGCGACGGAUAUAUUACUGUGAGUUGCCGGAAGAAUUAACCGACGACGGAUGCUGAGUACGAUGGCUGCUUUGAGUGGCAAUGGGUGAGCAUCAAUCCCAAACUAUGGUACUCGAAGCGGGGUAUGGGUGCUUGCUAUAUCCCCGUCCCUCUCUACCCUUGAGAGGUAAUUCCCUUGGGUUGAGUAUGGUACCAUAAAACCGCUUACAAUCCACCGUCUCCGCCAGCCCUGUAUUCUCCGGAUGCUUGGCCCCUCCCAGGGAUACCCACAGCUCCCAAGUCCCCGGGCAUCGCAUCUCUCCUCUACGACCACCCUUGCUUUGGCACAUCAUCAGGCAAACCCCGCCAGGGCGUCGAUCUGCAACGCUCGGAUGUCCAUGACGCUGUUAGCCACCUACUAUCCCUCCUGGACGCGGACCCCGACAAAAUCGGCAUAAUUGGGUUUAGCUACUCGGCGGCCCACGCCGUAAAAGCUGCUUCUCUGGACCGGCGUAUCAAAGCCGUCGUCUCAAUAAAUAGUGUUAUCCGUGGUUCCCGGCUGUUGGGACUAAUGAUCUCGGAUAGAACUUCCGCGGACGCGCUUAUAUGGGAGGACAGCGAACGGCGUCGAACGGGUGGUGGGGAAAUUGGAUACCUCCCUAUCUAUAAGACCGUCGGAACCCCGGAAAAUAUAGCAUUUUCUCCGACAGACGAAGUGGCGGAGUACUACCUGGAGAUGCAGAGAGCUGAGAUUGCUGACGGCGGGGAGUGGAGGAACGGAGAUGCGAUCCAAAGCCUCCUAAAUAUAAGGGAAUAUAAUAUUGUGGAGGGCAUGAAGGUUCUAACCCCGGAAAAUUUGUUAAUAAUUGUGGAUAAAGAUUCUGUCAGGAGGGGAGAGGACUGGAAGGCUUUUGAGGCUACGGGAGAGGGGGGUGAAAUUGUGGGGGAGUUUGUAACUAUUGAGGGUGGGCAUUUUGACUCCCUAACUGAGGGUAGGGGGUUGGAGAAGGUCAAUUAG